AUGGGACUAUGUUUCAACAGCUCUGCGCUAUGCAUUUACAUUAUCGGCGUUUUGGAGUUGCAGGUUCCAUUUGAUCACUCUCAAGCUAUUCCUCUCCUCCAGCGUCUUCUCCUUCCCAUCAACCCUCGCUUCUCCUCCAUCAUGGUUAAACACAAAAGCGGGGAGAAACGAUGGAGAAAAAUACGAGUGAAAUUGAAAGAUCAUAUCAACAUCCCCUUAUUCCCUGAAAGCAAGUCAAAGCAAUCAUAUGACAAUUAUUUUGCUGAUUAUUUGUCCAGAAUAGCAAUAGAGAAGCUUCCAGAAAAUAAACCAUUAUGGGAAAUUCACACCGUGAAUUACCCUACAAGCAGUGCAGCAAGUAGCCUCAUAUUCAAACUCCACCACGCUCUUGGAGAUGGCUACUCUCUCAUGGGUGCUCUUCUUAGUUGUCUUCAAAGGGCCGUUGAUCCCUCUCUUCCUUUGUCUUUCCCUUCUCUCAAACCAUCCAAGUCUGCCAACAAAAGCUUCUUCAGCAGAUUUUCUUCGGUCAUGUCAUUAGCCUGCAAUACUCUAGUAGAUCUCUGGUGGGGCUUAACGAACACUACUGCCAUUGAAGAUGACAAGACGCCCAUCAGGUCCGGAUUUCAAACAGGGGAAACUCGCCCAGUCACCAUAUCAACCAUCACAUUCUCGCUGGAUCAAAUCAAACUUAUCAAGUCCCGACUUGGAGUGACUGUAAAUGAUGCGAUUGUUGGGAUAGUCUUCUAUGGGACUCGACUGUAUAUGCAAGGCGUUGACAACAAGUCAGGGGCUGCAAAAUCCACCGCAUUAGUAUUGAUGAAUACGAGAAAUAUUGAAUGUUAUCAGUCAGUCAACGAUAUGCUUAGUGCUCAUCAGGCUAAAAGAUCGUGGGGGAACCGAGUUUCUUUCGUGCAUGUGCCGAUUCCGAAAUCAGAAGGCAAAAGAAUUUCAAAGCAACUAGACUUCAUUUGGGAAGUGCAUCAUAUAAUCAAGAGUAAAAAUCAAUCUUUGGUUGUUCCUCUCAACGGGAUGCUUUUGGAUAUGAAGAGUAAACUUAAAGGUUAUGAGGCAGUAGCCAAACAUGUUUAUAACGCAGCGACAAAGUCAAGUGCAACAAUUACAAGCUUGAUUGGACCGUCACAACAGAUGUCUUUAGCCAAUCAUCCUGUAAAUGGCUUCUGCUUCACGGUGGCCGGAGGUCCUGAGAGCCUUCUGAUAUCCAUAAUGAGCUACAUGGGAAAUUGGGAAUUCUAA